GCACGCGUGUGGGAAGCUCCUGUACGCAGCGGGAGAGCGGCCGCUUGAAGUAGCUGCGUUGGUGUUUCUUUCCCAAGUAGAUAGCGGCGCCCGGUCCUGCCGUCUUGUUUUGUUUUGCAAAUCGCAGAAUCACAAAACGGGUGAGGUAGGAAGGGACCGCAGUGGGUCAGCUGCUCCAAGCUCCCUGCUCAAGCAGCACUUGGCACGGGAUCCCGUUCAGAUAAUUCUUGAGUCUCUCCAGUGAGGGAGACUCUGCAACCUCUAUGGGCAACCUGUUCCAGUGCAUGGUCACCCACACAAUAGAGUUUUUCCUCGUGUUCAGGUGGAACUUCUGUGCAUCCAUUUCUGCCCAUUGCCUCUUGUCCUGUUGCUUAGCACCACUGAGAAGAGCCUGGCUCCAUACGCUGACACCUUCCCUUCAGAUACUGAUAGACAUUGAAGAAGUCCACACUCAAUCAUACCGUCUCAGGCCAGCUCCUUCAGCCUUUCCUCAUAAGAGAGAAGCUCCAGUUGACCAUUCAUCCUUAUUGCAAUCCACUGGUUGCUCCAGGAGCUCCACUUCUCUCUUGUACUGAGGAACCAAGAACUGAACACACCACUUCUGAUGCAGUCACACCAGGACUGAGUAGAGGAGCAGAAUCAACCCCCUCGAUCUGCUGGCAGUGCUCUUCCUAGUGCACAGGACACCAUUGACCUUCUCGGCCACAAGGGCAUUGCUGGCUCAUAGCUUGUUGUCCACCAGGACCCCCAGGUCUUUCUCUGCAGAGUUACUUUCCAGCAUGUCAGUGAUAAUGAUAAGCUUUUACCCCAAAGAGUGGAACCUGAUGUAUGUCUGUAUUUUUUCCCCCUCUUUCAUAUCAGUGAAGAACUUGGAAACUGGCAGAAGCACUCCAGGAUUAAGGAAUUUUGGUCAUGGAAUAGUCAAUGCUGAAAAAGUGAACAAACAAGCAGACACAGAACAAGCAGAUUGUGGUCCAUGGAGUUCUCCCUGUGUUUCCUUAGAGAGCCAUCUCAGGGCCUCAAACAGCUCAAAGGAUGCCCUGUAUCCUUCAAAGUUUUCAGUGACAACUCAUGGCUUCCUGCUGCACCAUGUCUGCACAUUACAGGUGAAGAUACCUUAGUGGGAUGCCAUCAUGAAGUGCAGACAGCAGGUGACUUCAGAGAAUCCUGAUAUAUGGUCCUUGAGACCCUUCCUAGCUUCUCUGCUUAAAGCAUUUGUUCUGAAAGCUAUACUGCUGCUCCACUCAUCUCUAAUGGAUAACUUGAUGUCAGACCUAACAACUUACUUAAAUGCUUAUUGGACUGGGUCUGGAGAUCACCUUGUGAGCACAAAGCCCACUUGCAUGGAGCUGCCAGAGGAGCUGUGUCAGCUGGCAGACAUGCAGGAACUGAGAAGGAAGAAAGCAAUAAAAGACUACAGAAUGGUCUUUUGAUCCAACCAGCCAUGGAAUUUAAUAGAGAGAAACAAUCCACAGAAGGAUAGAAACUACAGAGAUGAUGGCGAGUGCUUUCCCACAAAAAAAGCAGGGUCUCAAAACACAUCUUUCAACAAUCAAGGAUGUACUUUGUCAAAGCAGAGCUUGAAAAUCAAAUUCAUGUGGUAAAAUCUGUGGGAGGACCUUAAAAUUACCUCAAGCAGAUUGUAUGAAUUUAAUUUCUGACACAGGUGAUUUGAUGAGCUUAGAUUGGGUGUUUGAAGACAUCCAAGUGAAGAAAGAGGCUAUUCCCCUUGCAGAGGUGUCAAACAAAAGCUCCUGACUUUACAAUGACAGGUAAUUCAACAUUCCACUGUUGAAUGGAAAUAAUGAUGGUCUGUCUUUUGGAGGAAAUUCCUGCUGUGUCUGACUGUUCUUCUCUAGGUCUAUUUUUGAGAUCCUUUUUUCUGAGAGCUAUUUUUGAUUUUAAGAGUGACUUUUAUUUUUCUUGCAUUGUUAAAAGACCACUUUCUUAAACUGUAUUGGUUGUUACCGGUUGCAGGUAUGUAAAAUUCUCGUUAGAGCAGCUUCCUGCUGGAAGUUGCAGACCACCAUCACCACCGUUGUUUGCCAGCGCUGCCGCAUCCAGCUCAAGUGGAUAAGGCUGUAACACCGCCGUGGUGUGUGUAAAAAGCAGUUUAGGAGGUAUGGACCAGUCCCUCCCCAAGCAAAAUAAAAUAUUAGGGCAAAACUACUGCUCUACCACAGGACAAAAUUAAUGUAGGCCGUGCCUCAGUCUCAGAAAAGUUUUCUGACAUAUUGGUGAACUCUGAUUAAUGUAGAAUAGGGAAGAAUGGAUGAGGUCAAAGGUCACCGUGCCAACCAGAUUGCAGUCCAAGAACAAUCUGGGCAUCAGGCUGCAAAGGUGGUAAUAAUAAUGACACCAGCUUGGAAGGGAUGUGACAUCCGCAUGUGAGUACAUGCCACUACCUGUUUGAGUUGGUUUUCUUGGGAUGUAAAUUGGUGUGACUGUGUUUAUGAUGUAUCUGCACAUUUAAAAAAAAUAUUUUUAGGGGGAACAUAGGUUGGUUUAGGUUGGUUUUCUGGUGUGUGGAGUUUUUUUACCUCUCCCCACAAAGUACUAUAUCGACAGUAUUUAAAUAGGUCUUCAUUUGAAACUGUAAGUCAGACUUGCUCACUUGGCAGAGUUGACAGAAAAACUGCCAAGGUUUUCUUUGUCAUUAAACUGAAGGAAGAUUUUUCCAAACAGUCAUGGGUUAUCAGAGAUCAGUGGGGUACAGUGUGGAACAUGCAGGCUCUUUCGUCAGAGACAGAUCAAGAGCACUUUGGUUGUAUCUCCACAACCAAAAAUAUCUGGGUUCAUGCAGUCCUAUUACCAGACAGAAAAUAGUGAUACAUCAGGUAAGGGAAAGAGGGAGGGAACAAGAGCUAAGAUGAAAGCAUUAAGUCUGGGAUAUAGCAUGGAAUGUCUCUACAGGAUACAAAGUAAUUGCUGAGGCUACCCUUCCUGAUAAGAGACUGAGCUGCUUUCUCAGCCUCUUCCAAGGACUGGAUCUCUGACUGGAACGACAUUAUCAUGGAAUAAGGAUUUCCAGAGAGGGAUCUCACAGUCCAGUUGCAUCCGUGCCAUUAUAAUGAUUCAAGUAGCAAAACCUUCUUGGGUACAUAUAAGUACCACUUUCCCUUUGGUUCUCUUUUGGGAACAGCAUAAAGAAAAUAAAUAUAUUGCAGUGGAGUCAUCACUCAAUGGUGCACAAGAUUAAAAAUUACCGUUUUCUUCAAAAAGAAAGAAGUUUUUUUUUAACGGUCCAUCAGCCACAGCCUCAGUGACACUGCUCAGUGCUAGCUCUGUCUGAGCGUGGUACUACCAUGUAACCAAAUCACACACACCUCCUAAACAACACAACUCCUGGCUAUACUCAGGGCUACAAUUAACAUCACUAGUUAAGGACAACUCUAGUGAAGUUUUAUUGGAGCAGUAGCCAUGAUCUUAUUUUUAUAUCCUAGCAACUGUGUGAGGUGGUUUAAGCCCAGCUGGCAACUAAGCACCAUGAAGCUGCUCCCUUCCGCCCUGCCCCAGUGGAAUGGGGCAGAGAACCAAAAUAAAACUCAUAGUUUAAGAUAAGCAGAGUUUAAUAAUUGAAAAAAAAAAGGCAAUAGAGUAAAUAAUAAGAAUGAUAAAAAGGUAAA